AUGACGAUUGAAUCGAGUAAGAGUAAUGAACAUGUUAUAAUCGUAAUUUCUUUUAUUUUUAAACGAUGUGCAGAGCUUGAUGAAAUUCUGCGUACCACUUCAAAUGAUUUUCUACAAUCUAAAGUAUUUUUUCCCGUAAAAUAUGAAGAAUCAAGAGAAACUACGGAAACUAGACGCGAAUUAUGCCUUGAUGAAUUUCGACAACACAAGACACAUUAUCGACGACGUCCGCGUUUAUCACCAGUUUGUGCACACUAUUGUACAACGACUACGAACUGUCAAUCCAAUCAAGAACAAUCGGCUUGUGUUAGUCCUUUGUGGCCGCCAGAGACUAUAAAGUAUGCACAAAAAUUUAAACGUAUUUGUUAUGUUCGAGUCACAGCAAUUCUACAAUAUGAACAAGCAAAACAAAUGUGUCAUAGAUACGGUCUUCAAUUAGCUAUCAUCGAUAAUAUUCAAUUACUUGAACGAUUGCGACAAUUAAAUAUGUUCAAUACAACAUGUAAAGGACAAUGUCCAGAAUCAAGAGGAUAUUAUAUUGGACUAAAGCGAUUGUUGGAUCAAUCGAAGUCCAAAUGGAUGUGGUCUAACAAUGUAUCAUGGGCAGAGAAUGAAAUCGAUUGUGAUGAUUACGCUCAUACGUUCUAUGCUAAUUCAAGUCUUCUAUGUUACAUCGGCAGCGACGGACAAAAAAAAGUCACAGUAUGGAAUAAAAAUGAACCGAACAAUUAUCGAAGUCCUAACUAUCGAGGAGGAGAGCAGUGUGUUGAAAUUAUUGUUCAUACAGAUGAAAAAUCAGCAUUGGAAAAAACUGGUAAAUUAAACGAUAUUCCUUGUACUAAACCAACAUUUGGUGUUAUAUGUCAAAUGGAAGAUACUAAACCAAUCAAUAUUACACGUUUUGAAUCUUUUGCAAAGAUAAUUGGCUUCACUAAAAUCGAAGAUUUAUUAGCUAAUUUUGAAAAUACAAUUUCACUAAAUAUUGAGACAUUAGUAACGAGGACUCAAGCAUUUGAAGAUUUACUUAAUCUAGAUUCGUUUACAACUAAUCAAACUACGAAUAUAUUAAAUAUGUUUGAUCAACUUGUAAAUUUUACUGGACAACUUAAACUCGAAGAUAGUUUAUAUAAAUCAGUAACGAAUAAGUAUUCUAUGAUUUUCUUUUAUUCAAUUUCCUAUUCAUAUUUUAAUAGAUUACUUCAAUUUCUUGAUUCAUUUUCAGCUAAAAUUCAAAUCGGAAGUAAUCGAAGUAUUUCGUUUGAAUACGAAAAUAUGAAUCUAUCCAUAUUUGACAUAAAUUUUCAAAAUGAAAGUAAUGAAUGGCGUAAUAUAAAUACGAACAAAUAUUUGAAUACAAUUAUUGAAAUUAAUAUUCAAGCGUUAAAAAAACAAUUAAUUCAAUCUAAAAAUUAUCGUAUUGUCGAAACAAUUUUUUCUAAUUUUAAUCUAUUUCCACAAACAAAUAUUACUAAUUUUGGAGUACCGCUAUCGUAUCAAAUAGCGAAUUUCACAACAAUUAAAGCAGAUAACGAUCUAAUCAGAUUUCAGAUUCAAGUAUCAGAGUCACUUCAAUCGUAUAAUAUUGCUUGUGUAUAUUGGUCAUUCGAUAAGAAUAAUGGAUCAUGGGUAGCUGAUCAUGAUUGUCGUUUUGCUGGAUAUGUGAAUAAUUAUGCGCAAUGUUAUUGUAAUCAUUUAACCCACUUUGCUGUACUUAUGAUAUCUAACCCACAUCAAAGUCUCGAGCUACUAUCAGCAUUUGAAGAAUUAAUUUUGACAUUUGUAACAUAUAUUGGCAUUUCCUUAUCUAUAUUUGGCCUUGUUAUGACACUAAUUACUUAUGUACUUUUCCGCAGUUCACAAAACAAUCGUUCUCAUAUAUCUUUAAUAAUGUUAUGUUUAUCAAUUUUAUUCGUUAAUUGUUGUUAUAUUCCAUUUAGUUUUACUCAAUCGAGUUCAUUCAAAUUAAACCAACAUAUUUUUUGUACUAUACUGGGAUUUUUAUUUCAUUAUUUUCUCAUUGCAUCCUUUAUGUGGAUGUUAAUUAUGGCUAUUGUUCAAUAUAUGCAUUUUGUUCGAAUACUUAAUACACAUAUAUCACAUUUUUACAUUAAAUCAUGUACAAUCGGAUGGAUAGUUCCACUCAUAUUUCCUUCUCUCGUGGUUUUACUCGGUCACAAUCGGGGUUACACCGAAGAAUCUCGAUGUUGGAUUAAUAAUCAAAAUCUUCUAAAUUUGACUUUUCUUCUACCAAUAUCUACUAUUAUCUUGUUUAAUUUAAUUCUCUUUGGAUUUAUUCUAAGAAGUAUAUUUCGUCAUAAUGCUGUCGUAGCUACAAAAAAGAAGAAAUACUCAAAAGUUCAAAUCGGUGCAACUCUUUGUUGUUUUGUUUCCAUUGGAUGUACUUGGCUAUUUGGUAUUACUGUUCUUAUUGAUCCUAGUUUUAAUCAUCAAUUAAUCUUUUCGAUAUGCAAUUCAUUUCAAGGCUUUCUUAUAUUUCUUUUUCAUGUUUAUCUAUCAAAACCAAAACGUGCAUUAUGGCAAUCAUUCUUGGUUCAGCAUGGUUGUCAUUCACAUUCAAAUGUGUCUUCAGAUCAUAAAGAGAUUAUGACAAUUAGUUAUUCAACUGGUAGAAAUGCUAGUGAAAUAACAAGCUCGCUGAAAUCUAAUAUUAGUCGAGCAUCAACAUUUUCAGCAGCCGAUCAACACAAAUCACACCACAAUGUAAAGAGUCCUACAACGACCAAUCAUAGAAGAAACGAACUAUUAAAUGUUGUACACUUGGAACUAAGUCGUUUGUAA